AUGACCAGGCAUCUGUUACCCAUCGUCUUGGUGGCAUGUCUAUGCCCGCAUUUCAUCCUGGCUGCUGGAUUCCCUGAUUGUGCCAAUGGACCCCUCAAGAACAACACGGUCUGCGACACCAGCAAGAGCGCCAGAGAACGAGCUCAAGCUGUAAUUAGCUUGUUUACCGAUGACGAGCUCAUGUCAAACAUGGUGAACGAAUCGCCCGGGGUGCCGAGGCUGGGACUUCCAAGCUAUAAUUGGUGGUCAGAAGCCCUUCACGGGGUUGCUUCUAGUCCUGGUGUUACAUUCGCUCCCUCCGGGAAUUUCAGCUCUGCUACGUCAUUCCCUCAACCUAUCCUCCUAGGGGCUGCUUUCGACGACGCCCUCAUCAAAUCCGUUGCAACUGUGAUCAGCACGGAGGCUCGGGCGUUCAAUAACUUUGGCCGCUCAGGCCUGGAUUACUUCACUCCCAAUAUCAACCCGUUCAAGGAUCCCCGAUGGGGACGUGGUCAAGAGACCCCUGGAGAGGAUCCAUUUCACAUCUCUCAAUAUGUGCUUCAGCUCAUUGACGGCCUUCAAGGCGGAAUCGACCCGAAGACCUUCAAGGUGGCCGCGGACUGCAAGCACUUUGCCGCUUAUGACCUCGAACUCUGGCAAGGCAUCGACCGUUUCCACUUCGAUGCUACCGUCACUCCCCAGGAUCUCAGCGAGUUCUACCUUCCACCAUUCCAAACGUGUGUCAGGGAUGCCAAAGUCGCUUCGGUCAUGUGCAGCUACAACGAAGUGAACGGAGUCCCGUCCUGCGCGAAUUCGUUUUUGCUGCAGGAUAUUUUGAGAGAUUUGUGGGGAUUCGACGAAGAUCGAUGGGUCACGUCGGACUGCGAUGCCGUCGAUAACAUCUUUAGCACCCACAACUUUACGUCCACGGCCGCUCAAGCAGCUGCUGACGCAUUGAAGGCAGGGACUGAUGUGGACUGUGGUUCCGCUUACGCCCUUCAUCUACCCGAUGCAUUGAGCCAAUCCCUGGUCACGAGGGCGGACCUAGAGAAAGGUAUGGUCAGGCUAUACACAUCUCUAGUUCGACUAGGCUACUUCGACCCUCCGGAGAGCCAGGCAUUCCGUCAAAUCGAUUGGGCUGAUGUCAACGUCCCGAGCGCUCAGGCUCUCGCUCACCAGGCAGCCGUAGAAGGCAUCGUAGUUUUAAAAAAUGACGGCAUUCUUCCGUUAAGCAAGAAAUUCAGGAGCGUCGCUGUUAUUGGUCCAUGGGCGAACGCGACAACACAAAUGCAAGGCAAUUAUCACGGUGUGGCGCCUUUCCUCGUUAGUCCUUUCCAGGGCGCCGUGGACGCUGGGUUCAAGGCUACCUUUGCUUUUGGUACAUCUAUGACGGGUACUACCACCGAUGGCUUCGCAGAAGCCUUAUCUGCCGCUCGAGGCGCCGACUUGGUCAUCUUCGCUGGGGGAAUAGACGAAGUUACGGUUGAGAGGGAGGGUCGUGACCGUACUGCUAUCACUUGGCCUGGAAAUCAACUCGACCUCCUCUCCGAGCUGCAGGCGGUGGGCAAGCCAAUUGUUGUACUUCAGUUCGGUGGCGGCCAAGUGGAUGACACCUCCUUGAAAAACAGUCGCAAGGUGAAUGCCAUCGUCUGGGGCGGCUAUCCUGGCCAAAGCGGUGGAACGGCCGUAUUCGAUAUCUUGACAGGGAAGGUUUCCCCCGCUGGGCGCCUCCCCACCACACAAUAUGAAGCCGGAUAUGUCGAUCAAGUCCCCAUGACUGAUAUGACUCUUCGUCCAACAAGUGCAAAUCCAGGUCGCACGUACCAGUGGUACUCAGGGACGCCCGUCUUUGAAUUCGGCCACGGACUUCACUUCACGACAUUUGCUUUGUCGUGGCAGAAAGCUCCGAAGGCGCGAUACAGUACCUCCGACUUCGCAUCGGCCAUCCGCCGUUCACAAACACCAGACUUGAUCACAUUCGACACGUUCCGAGUCACUGUUCGCAAUACUGGAUCAAGGAAGUCCGACUUUGUCGCCCUUCUGUUCGCCAGUGGGAACGCUGGCCCUGCUCCGAGGCCUAACAAAAGGCUGGUGUCUUAUACAAGGUUGCAUGGGAUCAACACUCGGUCUUCUAGUCGGGCAGAGCUCAAAGUAACUUUGGGUUCUCUGGCCCGGGCGGACACAGAGGGCAAUACAUGGCUCUUCCCUGGCGACUACGUCUUGACGGUCGAUACGCCGGGAACAAUAUCCAGCCAUUUCCGGCUUGAAGGCAACCCAAUCCAGCUCAGCCGUUUCCCACAAAACACGAGUGCGAAGUGA